AUGAUGGAAAAAUUAAAAAAGUUUGAUAAUAGAAAAACCAACAAAUAUAGAACAAAAUUACGUGAUGAUAGAUUAGUCUACAAUGAAUUAAACAAUUUAUUUAACUAUGCUGUCAAUGAUAAAAGAAAUCAUCUUCAUGAAACAUUUUCAUUAUUAGAAGAACACCUUAAUAAAUACCCUCAAUCUAUUUCUAAUCAAAUGUAUCUAUUAUCACAUAUAGCUUCAGAAUCUUUUAAAAUGUUUCAUAAAAAUAAGGAAUUAAUUUUAUUGAAGAAGUCAUUAGCUUUUAUUCUUGAACUUUGUUUAGUUUGUGAAAAAAAAAGUAUGGAUACAAAUUCUCCUAAAAAAAUUAUUCUUGUUUUAUCUCCAUAUUUAGAGAAUAUCUCAACACUUCCAAAAAAUUAUGGUUUUAAUAUUAUUUAUAGUCGUUUAGUUAAAGUAUUAACAUUUUUAAAAGAAAUAAAUGAGCAAGAAUUUUCGGGUUUUGUUAAAAAUAAUUAUUCAACAUUUGCUACAUUUAUUGAUAUAUUUCCUGGAGCCUGGACACAACACCUUUUACAUAAAUUUAAUUUUAAAACAAAAAAUAAACCACAUUCAAGUGGAGGAAUAUUUAAGGAUACCUUUGAUGAUUCAAUAUUAAAUUGUUUAUAUGAACCUCCUAUGGAUGGAUUUAAUGUUAAACUUUAUAAACUAAAAAAUAGUUAUGUAGUUUAUCAAAAAAUGACGUCUUUUCGUAUGCGGUUAAAGGAUGAAAUUAAAAAAUUAAUUGCUUAG